AUACUAAAAAAUAAAAUAUGAUAUAGGUAUUCGUAAAUCUAAAACCUAUCGUGAAAAUUAUUUUUAACUUAAUUUAUUAAAAUACGACAAAAAAAACAUUGCUGCACGUACAUAUUGCUAAUGGAUAGGGUAUAGUUUAUUGUCGCCUAUGAAAUGAUAGUGUGUUAGUAUAUUUUGUACUUUCACUUAUUUUGAGUGACCAAUGGCUGUAUUUCAAAAGCUUUAAAUCUCGAGAUACAACCAAUCAAUAUAUAAAAUAGUAAUGACAAUGAAGUAAACUAGUUCUCCUUCGUCUGUUCUUAUUUUGCCACGCCGAAUUUGUCAGCGUAAACCACUGUACUUAAGCUUUUAAAGUAUUGAACAAAAUGAACUUAGAAUAAUUAUUAUUAUUCGUUAGUGAUUUGAAUAUAGUGACAAUGGGUAUGGAGAAGUAUAAUAAGGAUGAUAAUUCCGAAUACCUUUACGGACCGGAGAUUCUUCAAAAGUUGGAUUUCAAUAAAAGUCCAGCUAAGUUUAAUCCUCCAAUAAGUGCUGCUCAACCAGGCGAAGAGUGGAUGGUUGUUAGGCCUUUACAACGAGAAGAUUAUAAUAAAGGUUUCUUGCAACUGCUAAGUCAACUUACAAGCACAGGAAAUAUUUCAAGAAAACAAUUUGAUGAGCGAUUUACCCAGAUGAAAAGUUCUGGCGGGUAUUAUGUAACAGUUAUUGAAGACAAGCGUAUAUCGAAAAUCAUUGGUGCAGCAACUCUAACAAUUGAACAAAAAUUUAUACAUAAUUGCUCUGUGAGAGGUCGUCUGGAAGAUGUUGUUGUUAAUGAUACAUACAGAGGCAAACAGUUGGGCAAACUAAUUGUAGUUACUGUGUCACUUCUAGCAGAAGAACUUGGUUGCUAUAAGAUGUCAUUAGAUUGCAAGGAUAAACUUAUAAAGUUCUAUGAAAGUCUUGGCUACAAAAUGGAGCCUGGAAACUCUAACGCUAUGAACAUGCGUUUUGAGGAGCCAUCCUGACAAUUAGCCGCUGGGACAUCCGACCUGCGCUCUAAACUGUAAGUAGGCAUGGGCAGUCGAGUGGUCAUCGCAGCAUCACUAUCCAAACAUUUUAAUCAUCAUUACAUAAUUAUUAGAAUAGUUGAAGUAAAAAUUUUUAAUUUGUAAUUGAUUUUAUUGGCGACAUAUUUGUGUUGUGAUAACCGCUUGUUUGUUCAUGCUCUUAUAGUUGCAGGGUCAAUUUUUGUAUCCAUCAAAGGCAUAUUUUACAAUACUGGUACUAUUCUAUAUAAUACCGUAAAACCUGCAUUUGAUGGGGUUAUUAAUUGAUUUUGGGUGUCUUAGCACACGAUUAUGAUUAGCUUGUAAGAUUUUUUGCUUACUGUAUUAUUCAUAUUUUUGUAUCAUUCAUAUAUUUGUUAAUAACACAUCGCUUUGUAUUGUGACUUAAUUACUUAGUAGUUUCGAUUACGAGUUUAUAUUGAGAAAUAUCACAUUAAAUGUUUUUGCAUUCAA